UAAAACUCCCCUGCACAUGCGCAAUGACAGCCAUUAGCUCACAGCACAGCUGCACGAGGAGAAACAGAAGAAGAAAAUAAAGUAAAAAAUAAAGAAACAAAGAGAAUAAAAGAGAAAACAGAGAGUAGAGAGACAAACGGUGGAGAGAUGAACCAGCUGGAGCGUCCAAAAGAUGAGGAGGACCAGGAAGAGUCAGACUGUCACUAUGACAACAGUGACAGGACCAACAACAACAACAACAACAACCGACGGAAGACAGUGUGUCCAGGUGCAGGUGAACACCCUCUCCAGUACAACUACACCUUCUGGUACAGCAGAAGAACUCCGAGUCGUCCGGCGAGUUCUCAGAGUUACGAACAAAACAUCAGACAGAUCGGCACUGUUGCCUCGGUGGAGCAGUUUUGGAGGUUUUACAGUCACCUGGUCAGACCAGGUGAUCUGAGUGGACACAGUGACUUCCACCUGUUCAAGGAGGGAAUCAAACCCAUGUGGGAGGACGAGUCAAACCGCAGUGGGGGGAAGUGGAUCAUUCGUCUCCGUAAAGGUCUCGCCAGUCGCUUCUGGGAGAACAUCAUCCUGGCCAUGUUGGGAGAGCAGUUCAUGGUGGGAGAGGAGAUCUGUGGAGCUGUCGUCUCCAUUCGCUUCCAGGAGGACAUCUUGUCAAUCUGGAACAGAACGUCCAAUGACCAAAUGACGACGUCGAGGAUCAGAGAUACUUUAAGACGAGUUCUGAACCUUCCAACCAACACCAUCAUGGAGUACAAGACCCACAACGACAGCCUCAGGGACAACUCGAGCUUCAGAAACACAAAGAUUUCUCUCUGAGGACGAGCGUGUCAGCUGACUGUCCUCUUGUCCAAUCAGGAUCAACGUCCUCAACUGUCAUUGGCCAGCGGAGCUGCGUGUGUGUGUUGACUGGAUCAAUAAAGUGACUGACCUGAA